AAAAGGAAAAACUUUUAAACAUACAAGUUUUUGCAUUACUGAAAUAUUUGUUUUUUGUUUUCACUUUGGAAGUCCUGCGGAGGAACAACCAGGCGCCAUGCUUUUCUUGGGCAUUCAAAAUGGCGGGCGAGAUGGUGAAAAGUGACGCAACAGAAAACAAAAAAGACGAAGCAAAAAAUGGGGCCAAAGAAACUUCGAGAGAGGAGCAAAGUGCACCUCAAGACGAGCACAAACAUACUGGCAGACGGAAGAGCUCGACUAGAGAAUCGAAGCUAUCGCCCGGAGAUCAUACGGUCGUGAGAAGAGCAGAUGGGACAUGGUUAAUGUCUCUCUAUGCCAGAAACAUGUUCCAGUUUUGUAUCUACGAUCCGGCCGAUGUUAUACAGGCAAGGACAUCAAGUGACAACAAAACAGAAUAUUAUGUGCAUUAUGAUGGAUUCAACAGAAGACUUGAUGAGUGGGUAAGUGAGGAUCGAGUUGACAAACCUGUCUCUGAAGAUGAAGGAAAACAAAACCCAUCUGAACCUUUGGCAGAAAGUGAACUGGGUGACAGAAAAAUUACAAGAAAUCAGAAAAGAAAACAUGAUGAGUUCAACCAUGUUCAAAAGUCUUACGAUGACAUGGAUCCAACCACUGCUGCCCUUGAAAAGGAACACGAAGCUAUAACACGGAUAAAGUAUGUGGACAAAAUCGAAAUUGGGAAAUAUGAAAUCGACACGUGGUAUUUUUCACCGUUUCCUGACGAGUAUGGAAAGCAAGUGAAGCUGUUCAUUUGUGAAUACUGCGUAAAAUAUAUGAAAUUCGAAAAGACGUAUCGCCACCAUCAGAAAACAUGCACACACAGGCAGCCGCCAGGAAAAGAGAUUUAUAGAAAAGGACGAAUAUCUGUUUUUGAAGUGGAUGGGAAAGAACACAAGAUUUACUGUCAAAACAUGUGUCUACUGGCAAAGCUGUUUCUGGAUCAUAAAACCCUGUACUUUGACGUGGAGCCGUUUCUUUUCUACAUUUUGACAGAAGUUGACCGCGAUGGGUGUCAUCUUGUUGGCUAUUUUUCCAAGGAAAAGGAGUCUCCGGAUGGAAACAACGUCGCGUGCAUUCUCACCCUGCCUCCUUAUCAGAGAAAGGGAUACGGAAAAUUCCUCAUAGCCUUCAGCUAUGAGUUAUCAAAAAUUGAACAGACUGUUGGGUCGCCAGAGAAACCUUUAUCAGAUCUCGGGAAGUUAAGUUACCGAAGUUAUUGGACCUGGAUCUUGUUGGACAUAAUGAGGACGGAAAAAGGCACCUUGUCAAUAAAGGAUUUAAGUACACAAACAAGCAUCACUCAGGAUGACAUCAUUAGCACACUACAGACGCUGAAUAUGGUCAAGUACUGGAAAGGGCAACACGUCAUCAUUGUUACUCCUAGACUUGUUGAAGAACAUUUGAAUAGUGCUCAGUACAAGAGGCCACCAAUAACAGUAGAUAGGUGCUGCUUAAGAUGGUCACCUCCUUACAAGAAACUUAAGACCAAGAUCAAAUAAAUCUAAGUGUAUUUUAUGCUGUAAAUAGUCAAGUAUUAGCUUUCUUUAAAUGAUGUAACAAUCUGCAUUAUCUUAAUUCAACAAAUCCUCUUAGAUGUA